GCGGGGCUUCCGGUCUGAUGGGGGCGGGUGUUAUCGCCUGUUGACUUGGAGGACGAGGACGCUGAGAGACAAAGACGUGGUGGACAUGAUUUUAAAACAUUAAUAUGACCUAGGAAAGACAUCAACAGCAGCAUGACGACAUCAGGAAUCUGCUGCGCCAGCCUCAAGGACAACAAGGCCCUGAUGAAGAUGGGCCUGGCGCUGGUGCUGGUUGGACAUGUCAACUUCCUACUGGGAGCACUGGUGCAUGGAGCCGUCCUCAGGCACAUCAACGUCCACAGUCAGGCCCGGACCAUGGUCUACGCCAUCUCCAAUGUCAUUGCCAUUGUGGCAGGCCUGGUGGGCAUCAUGAGUGGAAUAACAGCCAUUGUCUUGUCUAAAAACAAGAAGAACCGGAUCCUGAAAUGGGUCCUGUUGGUCUUCAGCUUCGUGGGAGGACUCCUAGCUCUUGCCUCCUUCGCGGGCGUGUCAGUUGCUAUGGUCAGUGCCAUCCUGAGUAAAGGCAAAGGUCUGCUAACACACUGCUCACACACGAUCAAAGACGUGGGCUCGUCCAGCAUCACGUACGAAUGCCCCUUCGACCCGACGCGUAUCUACGCUACCACGAUCAUCCUGUGGGUGCCGCUAAUCUGCAUGUCCAUGGUGGAGACGGUGUUUUCCUUCCGCUGCUUCGCUGCCUGCUCGUCGUUCCUCUACCUUUGUCCCUGCAGGAGGAGGCCGAAAAUGGCCAGGAGGGUGCGUAUUCAAAGACCAGAAACAUCGAUACCAGUGUCGCAUCCACAGACGGACACGGAAGCAGAGUUGGCAGAGCAGGACGACCUGCUGGACGGCAGCAGUACUGCAGUGGAGACCAGUCAGUGGCUGUGACACAUCGUCUGUGGAGCGUCUGUUUGCCUGUUAC